AUGAUGCAACCAAAGCCCGAGGCUCAACCAUUUCUGCUCUCGGCGUUUGACCACCACCCCACCAUCAAGAAGGAAUCCCAGCAGGACUUUCUCGCUUUGGACGUUCCACAGCUCCCCACCCGUCCGCUUCCUGACAACCAGAAACAUCAGCUCGCGCCCCAAAGACCUCAACCCUACAAAGGCUUGGCCUUCCACAACCCUUUCGACAUGAACUCGUAUCCCAUCACCAAUCCGCCCAUCCUCGACUCGACCAUGUUUCUCCCUUACUCGGGAGACAACUCCCAGAGACGUCGGCGCAUCUCCAUUUCGAACGGUCAAAUCGGCCAGAUUGUCAACCACGAAGCCUUCUUCAUGGACGAAGACCUGUUGGACGACAUGCAGGACUUCGUAUCGUACCAACAGGUUCCUCCUCCUCCUCCGGCGGCCAAUCAACCGCUUCUGGAGCCGUCGCAGCACCAGCCGCAGCCGCAGCACCAGCUACAACCCCAGCCGCAACCCCGUCUGCAACAGCUCACGCCGCGCCUGUCAGACCCACCGUCUGAAAGAUUGAUGCAUCUUGAAAUGGGCGACCCCGUGUCUGUGGUGGCGCCGCCAUAUGUCCAGCAAACCAGAGCGAGUGCUGUGCGAGAACCUGUGGAUCGCGAACCUGUUGUGCGUGAACCUGUUGUUCCGUUUGCGCCUGGGGUAUCGACGCUAGAAAGAGAUGCUGCGGACAAUGUUGCUGGUGUCCCGCCGCCAAACCAUCUGCUCAUCUACAACAACGAAGUGAUUUUCAACCCCAACAAUGGGCCUAUCCCAGGCACGGCGGCGUGGAAGAAGGAACGGUUGUUGGAGCGCAAUCGUGUAGCAGCGUCAAAGUGCCGUCAGCGCAAGAAACAGGCCCAGCAACAGCUUUAUGAAAACGUCACCAAAUUUGAGAAAAAAAUCACCGAACAGCAAGCUCGUCUCGACAAGUACGAGCGGCUUUUGGCUCGAUAUAAUGCUGCGCUCGAACGUCACUUUGAGCUGUCGCCGGCAGACAGCUUGGCGCCGCUCGCUAAGUUUGUGGGCAAACUGAUUGAUGACAUCUCACUAGGGGACUUGGAGUAA